UUUGACCGGCAGGCUGGCUGACCUCAGAUCUGCAGCUCCCCACACCGAACACCCACAGACUGCUGCUGGAUAAAAGCUGCAGCGCAUCGUCAGCCGCCGCUCUCCGGACUCUCAGCUCCCUCCUGCAGUCGUACCACACGGUGAGAAGACAGAUGACAAUGACCGACCUGGAGACCUCGAUGGCCACCAUCAUCGCAGUGUUUCAGAAGUAUUCGGAGAGAGAAGGAGACAAACACAAGCUGAAGAAGAGCGAGCUGAAGGAUCUGCUUCACGACGAGCUCCCAGAUCUGAUGGCGCACGUCAAAGACCAGGCAGCGCUGGACAACCUGAUGGAAAGCCUGGACGCCGACGGAGACGCCGAGUGUGACUUCCAGGAGUUCAUGACAUUCAUCUCCAUGGUUACCGUCUGUUGCCACGAGUUCUUUGAGCACGAGGACGAGUAAAGGGGAGCUACAGUAAAUUAUAAGGAAGCCUAGCAACGCACAAACUGUCGCCGCCUUCAGAGCAGCGCAGGGCGGAGAAAACCCAACCAGUGGCCAAAACUCCAGUCAAGUAGUCGCCUUGUGUGAAAUCAACCUCGUUUUCUGUUCUUAAAUACCUAAACGACUUGUAAAACCUUCAAAACGGCAGUGAUGUUUGAUAGAAAAGUAGCCAAACAAGAACUAAAGUAGCUGAAAUGUUGGUUCAGAAGACUAUAGUGGCCUUAGUUGGCUAUAAACUGGGCUAGUGAUUUGUGAUUUCUCUCAUAGUCUCAGUUUUCAAAUCCAUUUUAUUUUCAACUUAUUUGAGAAAUCAGUCAAGUUCCUGCUAGCUUUUAGGUAUGGCUACCAACUUUGGCUACCAAUGAAGCAAUCAACAAUUCAAGGUUCUUCUCUUAAAAAGCCAUAAGGGCUAAUAAAGUUGUGAAAUCUUCAAAUUUGGCAAUGAAGUUUGUUAGAAAAGUAGCCAAACAAGGAUUAAAGUAGCUGAAAUAUUGGUUAAGAAGACUUUUAGAGGCCUUAUUUGGCUGUAAACUGGCCUAGUGAUUUGUUGUUUUUCUCAUAGUUUUCUUUUUACAAGUCAAGUUCUUGCUAGCUUUUGGGUUUGGCUGCCAACUUUGGCUACCAUGAAGCAAUCAGUAAUUCUAGAUUCUUCUCUAAAAAAGCCCAAAGGGCCAGUAAAAUUGUUAAAUUGGCUAGCAAGAUGUUAUGUUUUUAUUUCUGUACUGUUAAACUGUCCUUCCCUUUCUAUGAAUCAAGCUGGCUGGAAGUUUUGGAAAGUGUUGACAAGGUUUUAGGAAUGGCUACUACUUUUGGCGGCAAGUGGCCCAAUGAAAGUGGUUUGUAAGUUUGUCUACACUUCAUGUACUUUGGAGAUUUUAAAAGUUUUGCCAGACUAAUAGAUUAUAUAGUGAAUUACUCUGACAUCCAUAAAUCACAAAUUUUGCCAUUAAAAUCUAGGAUGGCCACUAAAUUGAGAAAGUGGCUAACAAGCUAUUCAACUCAACUAGCCGCUGUGGAAGUGAAACAACAACUUUAAGUUAUCUGUGUCUGAAAAACAUUGCUGACUAUCAAAUUAUGAGAGUAAAUUAGGUGUCAAAUUCACAAUAUUUAAUUGGCUAGUAAAAGUUUCAAAAUGAUUUGUGAGUUUUAGGUUUAGUAGCUGCUAUUUUUAAUAAAGUCUAGUUGACAAUUAAGGAGUUGACAGCUGCUUAAUAGUUGGAUGUCAGAUUAAAACCAUUUAAAUGGCUAGUAACUAUUAGAAAACGCAAAUUUUUGGAUUUGUGACUUUUUCUGACAGCCACCAAUCAAUUUCUUUGACAUUUUGCACUUCAAAUCUAAGGAGGCCACUAAAUUGAGAAAGCGGCUAACAAGUUAAUCAAGUUCCGUAGCUAUCUGAAGAUGACUGUGUUUAAAAAAUGUAACUGACUAUCAAAUUUGUAAAGUGGCUUGUAGGUUUGACUGCACUUGACGCAAACAUAACAUCAUUUCAAAAGUUUUGUCAGGUUGAAAGAUUUCAUAGUGACUUAUUCUGAUUGGCACAAAUCAUGAAAUUGAGAUUUUGCUCUAAAAUCUUAAAUGGCCACUAAAUUGACAAAGUGGCUAACAAGUUCAUCAACUCUAAACAACUUCUUAAAGACACUCCUCGUUGACUAUCACAUUUUGAAAUUGGCUAGUAAUUCAGACAUGACAUCAAAAUUAUUAACUGGCUAGUAAAAGUUACAAAAUGGCUAGUAGGUUUUAGCUAGUGAUGCUACGAAUUUGGUAGACAACUUCUAGAGUUUGUCCUUGUAUUAAAAUAAUUUAAAUGUCUAGUAAUGUUUUCAAUGAGGCUUCUAAUUUGUUAGUUUUGGAAAAACAUUACAAAUUUUGCACUUGUAAUCUUAGGAGGAGGCCAGUAAAGUGAAAAAGUGGCUAACAAGUUAGCAUGCACAACAAUCAACAGACUAUCUAGAAGAGGCUGUAUAUGAAAAUCUAGAUGACUAAUUUAGAAAGUGACUAGUAGGUUAGUUGUUGCAUUGAAACAUUUAACUGGUUAUUAAAAAAAACAAAAAAAACCCAGCUUUAUCAAAUUUAGAAGCGACUCCGAAAAAUGGUAAAAAUUCGAAUUUUUUCUGUAAUUUGUUGCUUUAUUGUUAAUGAAAAAUCUGGCUUAUUAAAUUUGUACGUUGCUUGUAGGAUUGUCUAUUUUACAUGUUUCAUUUAUGUGCUGUUGAUAAUUUUUUGCAUUUUUUUUUUUUUUUGGAUUUAACAGGUCCUUUUAUUGGUAGCUGUUAAACAAGUAAUGAGAAAUUCUUUACUAAAAAAAUCCUAAAAAGUUGUUUUAGUGUCUGCUGCUGCCUGUAGCUGAGUUUAGCUCUGUUUAGUUUCCUUCCCUGAUUCUGCUGCAGGUUUAACUCUGUUUUAGUUCAUAUUCAGAACAAAUACAAACUGUUAAUCUAAAAACAACACAAAUAGAUCUAAAAACUGUGGAGCAGGAGAGUUUGUCUGAUGUGUUUUCUGAAAUGUGGACUGUUGGUUUGUCUGGAUGUUGGCAAAAUGAAUUAAAUUAUCGGUUUGAGAGUU